UGCCGCUUUGYACGCGGUAUGCAGUCUCCUCSGACGCGGCGGUMGAAGCGUUGCUGAGAGCCCAUUGGCUAUCGAACGGCCAAUGGCGUGGGUCUUGAUUGRUUGGGAGCUUCCCUGGAGGAAUAUUCCGGUUCGCUGCGCACCGCUGUAGUUUUUCUGAAGGGUUUCSCUAAUGUGAGAAUGACAGCUAUCAAAAUGGCGGAGGGCAAUAGAGAAAAGUGAUGAGGACAGGGCAACAAAUGAGACAACUAUCCUCAAUUUAUUAUAUUAUUCUCACUUUUCAUCGGAUAUUCUCGAAAACAUUUAAGGUUUGGUGAGACUUGUGCAGAGCAUAGUUUGUUCUUCUGUUGAAGAUUUAGCUAGCUAACGUUAGCUAGUUUGCUAUCUGCGGAAGAGGSACAACUUCAAGACAUUGCAGCUAAAAAAACAAGCAAUGUUUUUGAGCUGAUUCCGUGAUAGCUAGGGACUUUGUAAAUCCGGCAUUUUAAUUCCAAUAACGCAAGGUAUCAUUAGCUGGACAUAAACAGCUUUGCACUCCUCCGAUUUGGGUUAGCUACAGUAACUKAUUUAGCUAGCAAACAAAGUGGCGUCAACUGAGUACGAAUUUUGUUGAUUGUUUAUUUUAUGACGACAUGGCUCAUUCCCCGGUUCAGAGUGGCAUUCCAGGGAUGCAGAACUUUAAAGCUGAUCCGGAGGAGCUGUUCACCAAGCUGGAGAGGAUAGGGAAAGGCUCUUUUGGAGAGGUGUUCAAAGGCGUUGACAAUCGGACUCAGAAAGUAGUGGCCAUUAAGAUAAUUGACCUCGAGGAGGCUGAGGAUGAAAUCGAAGACAUUCAACAGGAYAUAACGGUCCUCAGCCAGUGUGACAGUCCCUUUGUAACCAAGUAUUACGGAUCKUAUCUGAAGGAUGCAAAAUUAUGGAUUAUUAUGGAAUAUUUAGGAGGAGGAUCAGCUCUGGAUUUAUUGGAGCCCGGUGCCUUGGACGAAACCCAGAUUGCCACAAUUCUCAGAGAGAUCCUGAGGGGACUUGAGUACCUGCACUCUGAAAAGAAAAUCCACCGAGAUAUUAAAGCCGCUAACGUGUUGCUAUCGGAGCAAGGAGACGUGAAGCUGGCAGACUUUGGAGUGGCGGGGCAGUUAACGGACACRCAGAUAAAGAGGAACACGUUCGUGGGCACUCCCUUCUGGAUGGCACCUGAAGUCAUAAAACAGUCUGCGUACGACUCAAAGGCGGAUAUAUGGUCGCUAGGUAUAACAGCCAUAGAGCUAGCCAAAGGAGAGCCACCCUACUCAGAGCURCACCCUAUGAAGGUCUUAUUCGUCAUCCCAAAGAACAACCCGCCCACUCUGGAAGGAAACUACUGCAAACCCCUCAAAGAAUUCAUAGAAGCCUGUUUGAACAAAGAGCCCAGCUUUAGGCCAACUGCCAAAGAGCUGCUAAAACACAAGCUGAUCAUCCGGCACGCCAAGAAGACGUCCUACCUUUCAGAGCUGGUGGACAAGUACAAGAAGUGGAAAGCAGAGCAGUCUCGGGAGGACUCCAGCGACGACGAGUCGGACUCUGAGCAGGAUGGCCAGGCGUCUGGAGUGAACGACUCUGGGAAUGAUGACUGGAUCUUCAACACCAUCAGGGAGAAGGACCCCAAGAAGUUCCUGAAUGGUGCCGCCCAGUUUGAUGAGCCGGAGAGGAACAAGGUGCAAGACAAUCCAGAAAGGCCUCUGUCACAGAGCUGGUGCGCUAUCAUUUCACCUUUGUUUGCUGAGUUAAAAGAGACCCAGGUUGAGGCAACCAAUGGCAAGCCAGAGGRUGUGGACGAGCUGAGGGAGGCCGUUUUCAUGUCAGAGGAGUCCUAUCCUGGUAUCUCUGACGCCCUGGUGUCUGAACUAGUGCACAGACUACAGAGGUUUUCUCUACCCAGGGCCUCAUCCUCCCAGUGACACCCCCACCCACCCCCCCCCCUCUCACCCCUACAGUAGCAGCAGUCCGUCAGUCCAUGGCCUCUGACAUCAACAGCCAUAAUGAAGUCUCCCAGGAAGUUCUCAUCACUCAUUCAUUCACCUAAAGCAAAGCCUCAGCCCACUUUUAUCCUCUACUUUUAACACUGGCCGUUGGUGA